GUUAUAAAAUUGACAUUUCGUGACAUAAAUGAAUGAAUUUUAUUCUAUUUUUAUUGAAUUUGACAUACUUUAAUCUCAAAAUAUAUCGUAGUGUAUUUAUUUGGAUUUAGUCGCUAUGAGAAUUUAGAAAUUAAUAUAAGUUAGAUGAGCUCCCAUGUCUGGUUUGUCUUAUAUUGGUGAUUACGGAUCCAGUUCAGAAGACAGUGACGCAUUUUCGGAGGACAAUAUCAAUAUCGUAAGCGCCAAGAAAGUAAAGUUACCUACACCAAAUUUGGGGAAUGUCCCAGUGGUCGGGACAGAGGCCCAUGUAGAUGACCCCGACCUGCAUAAAGGACGCACUCGGUCCUUUCCACAUAAAAGAGGAAACUGGGCAUCCUAUGUUUAUAUAAGCUAUCCUGAGGAAGAAAAUUUGACAACAUUAAUAAGUCGGUUUAUAGCCGAAUGUCCUGUCAGUGAUUUGCAUGUGUGUGAUGAUUUUCAUAUAAGUUUAUCAAGAACUGUGACUUUGAUGUAUCAUCUGAUAACUCCAUUUACCAAGUUGUUGCAAAAUGCGGUUGAUAGUAUAGUCAGCUUUGACUUGGGUUUUGAAAGUGUGAAGAUAUAUUGCAAUGAGGAAAAGAGCAGAACAUUUGUGUCAUUAGCAGUUGAUCACUUCAGUAACAAGUCUCUGCUAAAAAUUGUGGACAAUGUGGAUGACAUUCUUGCUGAUUAUAAGUUGCCAACUUUUUAUGAUAAUCCAUCACUUCAUAUGAGUAUACUGUGGGCUAAUGGUGACAAGAAGGCAGAACUAAUCAGUGUCAUAGAAAAUUUAAAUAAUAUUCUUUAUCAAGAAGUUGAAAAGUGUCUUAAAACUGUAACAGUCAACAAGGUAAAUUGCAAGAUAGGGAACAAAUUUUAUCAAUUUGCUUUACAGUGAAAGAACAAUGGAACAAGGAACAAAUAAAGUGUUUAUAAAUCCUAA